GGCUCUGCCUCCCGCCAGCCUCCCACGCCUCCCGCGAGGUGCGGCCGCGCUACAUAAACACGGCCGUGCCGCCGGUGCCGGGGCUCUCCGUUCGCAGCCCGACGGAGGAGUUUGUCCGGCAGCGGGCAGAGGCGCGGCCGAGGGGAGCGCAGCGGCAGCGCGGCUCCGGCGCCAGACGGGGCGGGAGGCUGCGGCGGGCAGCAGCGGAGGGCUGCGCGCUCCCCCGAGGGCGGCGGCCCUGCCGUAGCCCAGGCGGCCGGAGGAAGAGGAGGAGGAGGAAGGGCGUGGGCUCCGGCGGGCUCGCUCCGGUAUGGCCCUGGCGGACAGCGCCCGCGGGCUGCCCAACGGCGGCGGCGUGUCGCCCGCGGCGGGGAGCGGGGCGCCGGGCAGCGGGGCGGCCGCGGCGGCGACGGGCGGCUGGGCUUCCUUCCCGGAGAUCGUGGAGCUGAACGUGGGCGGGCAGGUGUACGUGACGCGGCGCUGCACCGUGGUCUCGGUGCGCGACUCGCUGCUCUGGCGCAUGUUCUCGCAGCAGCAGCCCAGCGAGCUGCCCCGGGACAGCAAGGGUCGCUUCUUCCUCGACCGCGACGGCUUCCUCUUCCGCUACAUCCUGGACUACCUGCGGGACCUGCAGCUGGUGCUGCCCGAGCACUUCCCCGAGCGCAGCCGCCUCCAGCGGGAGGCUGAGUACUUCCAGCUGCCCGACCUGGCUCGGCGCCUGGCGCAGACUCGGGCGGUCGCCGCCCGCCCCGCCGUCCUGCACCGCGACGGCUCCAUCUGCGCCGAGGAGCCGCCGCCGCCGCUGCUCGGGUACCUGGAGGCCGAGCCGCUGGAAGGCGGCGGCGGGGCCGUGGCGUCCGCCCCGUCGCCCACGGCCAGCCGCAGCCCCUCGGGCGGGCCGCUGCUCACGCCCUCGCAGUCGCUGGACGGGGCGGGCGGGCGGCGCUCGGGCUACAUCACCAUCGGCUACCGGGGCUCCUACACCAUCGGGCGGGAGGCGCAGGCCGAUGCCAAAUUCCGGCGGGUGGCCCGCAUCACCGUCUGCGGCAAGACGGCUCUGGCCAAAGAGGUCUUCGGGGAGACCUUGAACGAGAGCCGCGACCCCGACCGCCCUCCCGAGCGCUACACCGCCCGCUACUACCUCAAGUUCAACUUCCUCGAGCAAGCCUUCGACCGGCUCUCCGAGGCCGGCUUCCGCAUGGCCGCCUGCUCCUCCACCGGCACCUGCGCCUUCGCUCCCGAGCAGGGCGGCCCCGCCGAUGACAAGAUCUGGACCAGCUACACCGAGUACGUUUUCUGCCGGGACUGAGCGUCCGCCCGGCCCGUGGCGUGGGGACGAGACAGCCGGCCCUGCACACCCUCACACCUACGGUCCCCUCGCGUCCCGAAGGAAGGAGGAUGUGAAGCGGGGCUGUGUCUCCCUGUGCUUUUCUCACCCCGGUUUCUGCCGCCACGCACAAGCCCCGGCGCAGCCCCCAGCCCUCUUGCAGCACCUCCUGACGGCCCCGGGGCAGGAGGUCACCGUGUUGUGCCUCGGCUGUCGUGUCCCUGCUUGGCCGUGUCCUGGCUCCCACCUUCACCCUCCCUCCUGCAUCUCCCAGUAGCUGUGUUGGUAGCAAGGGAGGAGAGAAAUAUUGGGAGUAGCCAAAUGCCACAAAAACAUGCAUGUGCACCCAGUCUUUGUCCCUCUCCCCACACAGAGAUCAGGUAUAGCUCUGGCAGGGUGGGGCGUUUUAAAAAUCAUCCAGGCAGGGGCUGAGAAGAUUUAAAGUUGCUUUGAGCAGCUCCUGUUGAAGAUGGCAUGACAAAUGUC